AUGGUGCUUUACUUGCUGACCAGACAGAAGCUUGCGCCGAACUGUGAGCACAUACGUUCAGUGAAAAUGAUUGUUAUUUUCUCGUACCUUGUUUCAACAACUCACGCAGUGGGAACAUUCGAAGCACUAUGUACUCACCCCUUCUUUUAUGGUGCAGGUGAACUGAAGGGAAUGGAAUGCGAAGUGUCAUACCCUAUGGAUACACUUAAUGAUUUAAAGGCUUACGACUUAUGUGCAACAACAUCUCCUUUCGAAGUCAGGUUUUACAAGUUUGGUUAUCCAACAAAGUGCAUUUACGUCAAAUCGCACUACUGCGAAGAUAGCGAAUUAUCAUUGUAUGACAAAUGUAUCGUAGUCAAAAACUACGGAGAGUUUUCUUUGGAUGCAUGUGGUGACUCUCACAAACUACACACUAUUGAACAUCGUGACGAACUGAAAUGGAUUACUGUGUUGUUAGAAUUAAGUGUCCCGGAGGUGUGGAUUGCUAACAAGGAUGAAGAUGCGGAGCUACUAAAUCCUAGGUUCGAAAAAGGUAGAGGAAGAGAAAAUGCGACCGAUUUGAGAGCAACUUUGCAUAUACAAGGUGACUCAUUUGGUUCCUAUUUGAGAGGGACUACAUUUUACGCGGAAACUUCCAAAAAACUUCCUUACUUGUGCUCAAGAUCAGCAAUGGCCUUUGAAUCAACUAUUCGUGACAUUUUCAAUGUAAUCACCACUUUGGGGUUUCAAAGCGAAAUGGGCAAGGACAGGACUGGAGCACCACGCCCAUUUUCUUUCCUUCCACUGAUGAUGGCUGUGAGAGGAUCUAAAUUUGACCCCCAGUUGCAAGAACUUCAUCAAGCUUGCCAACUACUUCCAAAUGGUUAUGCUGCUUCGCUCUACGACUUUUACAACAAAGAAGGGUUCUCAGCAAUCAGAGCUAAAUUCCCAGACGGAUUGUGUAGGACGACUAUAGGACGCAUCCCAUCGUUUUCAGUCGAUCCGGAACCCAGCUGCGUGCACAAUAAAGAAGAAUACAAAGCAAACAGAAAAAGGUGGACUUACUAUGGUCCAGGGAAUUUCACUGCUUUGUCUAACGAAGCGUAUUGGGAGGAAAAGUAUCCUUCUAACCUCUGCGCCGAUCUUCCGCGCACCACUGCAGGACUGCUACAAAGCUACGUGGAUAUACCAGCCAUAGCCCGGCGCCCUAUUCUGUGCACAUACGGUAAUCCUCCAAGCGUUAUACCUCUUAAACUAGAUGAUCAAUGCAACAAGGCUGCUCAUUUUGAUCAUGCUAAACAACGAUGCGUUUGUAAUAAUCCCGAAAAAGAUGGCAAAGUCAUAGAUCCCAAGAAAUAUGCAAAAUUCCCUGAGGGAAUCGUUUGCAUUGAUUGCGUUAAUACAACGGUAGUAAGAUCAAUAGUGUUUGUUCUUGACGACAGUGGCACUGUGAAGAAUGAAGGUUGGUUAGAGCAGAAAAAAUUUAUGGUCAAAGUGACGGAAUUGAUCAAAAAUAUUCGAGUUGGAAUAGUUGUUAUUGCUGGGACUCCAACUGUAGAAGUUGACAUUGACUUCUAUGAGAACAACAAAGGCAAAAUCAAGAACUUCCUUGAGACCAAAGAAUGGGGAAACAAAUGGACUUCCAUUGGACCGGCACUUUAUCUUGCGCGCAAGAGUCUUGAAAAUGAAGAAACCAAAGAACGAAUCAUAGUAUUGAUUUCCGAUGGAGAUGCAGACUUUUGCCCUUAUGACGACCCAUUCGACAAAUGCCCUCCCGAGGCGAAGCGAAAUCUGAUAGCACAUAGUCAAGAGAAAGAAGCAGACGAGAUAUACAAACGCAAAAUUAGAGUGAUAUUUGCACUCGUUGGAACUCUAUACAAAGGAUCUGAUGCUGCUAUUGCAAGAGUGAAUCAUAUUGCAAAAAGUCCGGAAAAUAUAGUGCCUGUAGCAAGUUUCACGAGCUUCGACACUUCCGUUUUGGACAAUAUGAUCUAUACGAUAUGUAAAGAGCAGCACUAG